GGACAGCUGUUUCUCUUGAUGUGUGGCACUGGGGCUCAGCAGGUGUUCCGGUCAGAGCCCAAGAACCUGACGGUGCGGAUGGGGGCCACAGCUGUGCUCAGGUGUGAGGUGCUGCGGGCCUCAGGGACUGUGCAGUGGGUGAAGGACGGCCUCCUCCUGGGACCUGAGAGGAGCCUGCCUGGCUUUCCACGCUACUCCAUGAUCGGAAACCUCAGGAGAGGACAGUAUAAUCUACAAAUUGAAAAUGUUCAACUAGAUGAUGAUGCUGCCUUCAACUGUCAAGCAGGUCGCUCUGAAAAAAGUGAACCGAUCAUAUCCAACCUGGCCUGGAUCAAUGUGUUAAUUCCUCCCUCCGAGCCGUACUUUGAGAUGGACAUGCUACAGUACUGGGUGGCGGGCAAGAAGUACUCUGUCAUCUGUGUUGUCCCUGAUGCAAAGCCGGAGGCUGAAAUCACACUUUACAAAGAUGGAGUGGAGCUGACAGGUGCAGAGUCUUUCACCAUGUCUGGCUCAAAGGAUAAGCUCCUGAACACGCGUGCCCAAGUAACGAUCACAGCUUUAAUUUCUGACAACGGACGCCAGCUGUCAUGUCAUGCCAAAAACUCUGCCCACUCCAGUGCCGUGCAAGCUACAAUGACUAUGAAUGUGUACUUUCCACCUCAGCCUCCAGUUAUUUUGGGCUUGGAGAGACAGGAAGUCAGAGCUGGGACAACACUGGUGUUGGAGUGUGUGUGUCAGUCUGGAAACCCCCUAGCGAAUCUGCAGUGGACUAAGGAUGGGGAGGUUGUGCUGAAGACUUGGGAGGAAGAUGCCAUGGCUCAUACAUCCAAAAGUGUUCUGUAUCUGAAAAUUCGUCCAGCAGACAACCAAGCGGUACUGGGCUGUGAGAGUGCCAAUCUUGUCUCCGCAUCCCCUUUGUCCACCAGCCGCACCCUCACUGUGAUCUAUGACCCUGCGGAGGUAAAACUGCUGGGCUCUUUUGUGGCCACUGAGGGUGAGGAGUUGAAUCUGAACUGUUUUGCUGCAUCAAGUAAUCCCCCGGUCCAAAUCCGCUGGUGGCUGGGCAACAAAGAGCUCAACUCAACAGCUGUCAUAAUGGAAGAGGGAGAAAAUGGUGGGAUGACAACCCUGUCUAAUUUGACCUAUCAGGUCUCCAAGCAAGACAAUGGCAUGAAACUCUCUUGUGAAGCUUUUAACAGGGCUACAAAGGUCUCCAAAAUUGAAAAUGUUGAAAUUACUGUCUACUACCCCCCUCAAAAAGUGUGGAUUGAUGGCCCUUCUCAAGACAUCCCUCUCUUUGCUGGAACCAAAGUGCGACUAGUUUGUUUCUCAACAGGAGGAAAUCCACCUGGCAACCUGCACUGGUACAAGAAUGGAAAGCCUGUACAAAAUGCAUUUAGAUCGACUUCAUUUGAUAAAGGUGUGACUCGAGAGCUCCCUCUUGUCUUGUCUGCGAGUGAUAACAUGGCAUUCUAUCAUUGUGAUGCUACAAAUGAAGCAAAGAAGACCAUUUCUGCCAAAAUCAGGCUUCAGGUUCUUUUUCCAGCUAUAUCAAUGAAAAUCACUGCUAACGCCGACCACUUUUAUCAGGGCCAGACUGUAACUUUAGAGUGCAAUUCUGGAAGCAGCAAUCCCAAAUCCAAUAUCUCCUGGAGCCUGGGCACACAAAGGUUCCAAGGGGUGGAUCAGCCUCAUAGGAAGGCAGAGUAUGGUGGCUUUUCAGUGAGCAGUUUGCUGUCACUGAAUGUGAGUUCACAACUUCACAAUCAGAGGGUAAUUUGCCAGUCUCACAGUGCUGAACUACCUGAGGGAGCCAAAACCUUCUUGAAGCUCAAUGUGCUUUACCCUCCUGAGUUUAGCUCGGACCAGCCAACGCAGGUGCAGGUGGUGGAGGACUACAUGGCAACCAUCCCACUGCUGGUCUCAGCGAACCCAGAGGAGGUCUCCUGCGUUUGGCAGCACCGCAGGGAGCUGGUCAAAGGAAGGGAUGUGCGCUUCCACUGGCCAAAUGAGUUCACCCUGGAGAUCGAAAAUGUGACGAGGAGAGAAGCCGGAUCUUAUAAAAUUGAAUGUACAAAUCAGGAAGGUGUGAGCCACACCACGGUUCUGCUGGACGUGCUAUAUGCUCCCAGCGUUAAAGCAGAGAGAGACCCUGUAUAUGUGAACCUCGGGGACACUGCAGAUCUGAUUUGUGUGGCAGAUGCUAACCCCAUUAUAUCUGACAUGUUCUCCUGGAAAUGGCUGGGAGAAGAGGAGGUGGAGGAGAUGGGAGAGGAAACUCAGGAAGAUGAAUCAAGCCUGCUGACCAUUCAUGGCGUGACUCGAGCACAUGCUGGCUUUUACCAGUGCAUUGCCAAUAAUGGAAUUGCGCCCCCUGGCAGUACAGAUGUGCAGCUGGUAGUGCAAUUUAAACCGAUCAUUCAAAAGGGGCCUCAGUGGAGGAAAGUGGCCAGUAGAGGAGAUGGUACUACCACUGCUGAGCUGGCGUGCCGGGCUGAGGGUAUCCCAAAUGUCGAUUUCAUCUGGGAGAAAAACCAUAUGCUCAUGGACUUUGAAAACCCCAGGUAUGAGGAGAGGACAGUGAGGGAGGGCUCCUUCCACACCAGCACCAUUCAAGUGGUGAAUGUGAGCGCGCUGCUGGACUAUGCCGUCUUCAGGUGCACUGCCCGCAACUCCCUCGGAGAUGACGCGCUUGACAUACAACUCCUCAGCACAAAUCACCCAGACCCUCCUUCAUCUUUUCGCCUCGUCAGUGUCUCCUACGACUCAGUCACUCUGGAAUGGAUUCCUGGGUUUGAUGGUGGAUUGACUCAAAGGUUUCGUGUGAGAUACCACUGGGACAAAUCAGCCAGUUUCCUGUACAUGGAUGUGUUUCCUCCCGGAGAGGCUACUUUUACUGUGACUGGUCUACUGCCAAAUACCACCUACAACUUCUCUGUUAAUGCCAUCAACGCCAUUGGAGAGAGUGGCUAUGCAGACAAUAAUGCAGUACUGACCAUCACCACCAUGGAUUGGCCAGAAAUGGUUGCUCCUACAGAAGAAGCGCACAUUUCAGGUGCAGUGCCAACAUACCUGACAGUGGUUUUCACAGUGGUUUUCGGAGUUUUGCUGGUAGUCAAUUCGCUGGGUUGCUUUUUUGGACUAAAGUGGAGAAAGAAGCAAGGUCACACAGGGGGUGUGGAAGGCACCGUGCCCAAUGGAGCAAAGAAAGAAGAGGAGGGGUCUAUUCAGUCAACUGUAAGCAAUAAGUAUGAAAGCAGAGAGAAGAUCAACAAGGCUGCCCAGCGCACUCUAAUCAUCGACUCCGGAUCCGAGACAGACAGCAACCUGUAUGAAUCCUACGCCACGGAAGGUCCUCAUUAUUACUACCCCAAUGUAGACUACAGACCUCCUGUCACCCCACACCCGGAGGAAAUCCACAGGCCGGACCACACUCAUUUAUAUGAAGAGGUAAAGGACUUGGCUCUGUACCAGGAUGUACCUACUUCUCCUCUCCCUCCCCUUCCACCAUCUCUUGACCAGAGAUUGCCUCAUCAAAGAAAUGAAUGGAAACUGCCUGUCUUCCCUCCGCUUGUUCAAGAGCAAAAGCCUGUCAGUGUCCAGCAGGCACCAAAAUAUUCGGAACUUCCUUUUGAACUCCGAGGAGAGCUGGUGUAGUACGAGGAUGGUGCAUCACUCUUCAAACUUAACAUUGAUGACAACAUUGAACAGAGGCUAUUACUCAAGUGCACUUAAUUAAUCUUCCAUCUGAUGAGCAGUGUACCUUGAAUGUAUAUUGUAUUUGCAGUGCCUUUAAGUGUUUUGAUAUUUGAGUUGUUUUGACUUUGAAAGUUGAACAAAAAUUGAAUAAGGUCAACCAGGUAAAUACUCCCAUAGUCAAAGACAUCCUAUUU